CGAAGCUUGACAGAUCUGUGUUUAUUCGAUUUUGGUGCGAAUCUCAUUCGCGUGUUGGUUCAGUUUUCCCAAAAACUUUGAAUUUUAAUGAAAAAUACCGUAAAUUCUAGUGAAAUUUUGUGUUAAGCAGAAACAGUAACAAUCAUUAAUACAGUUCCUGCCAAAUUUUGUCCAAUUCCAAUUCGUGGUCUUGAACGCUUGCCCCAGCAUCUUGCGUUCCGAUUCCUUUUGACGUCUCAGCUUUUGACCAUCGUCGCGCCAUGGCAGUGGAAAACGAAGACGAUCCGCAACAGGGUCAGCAACAGCGUCACCACAAAAUUCCCGUCCCGUCCAACUACCGCUAUGCGUCGAAGAUCCUGCGCCGGGUGGUGGAGGAACGAGCUAAUGUUAAAUCGCUGAUUUUGGAAGAGCGCCACAUCCGGAAGGGGAAAGGGUUGGCCAUUAUGGAUUUGAUUUUAGUCAAUUUGAAGCAGAUCGAUGAGAUGUUGCGGCGAACGGAGCUGCUCACGAAGGAACCUCGCUUGAACCCGUGGCUGGCGCGGGUCCUGAUUGCGGAGUUGAUCUUCGGCCGGGGCGAGCUGACCGGGGAGUCUCUUCCGGUGCAGUGCGUCAAACGCUACCGGGAGGAACUGCAGCAAGCGCUGGGCCAGCUGGAUGUGGCGCCGGCCAAACUGCUGGACUUUAAAGAACCUCGCUACGUUCGCAUCAAUACCAAUGUGCUGGCGCAGCCCGGUGCCAUUCGGCUGCUGCAGGAGGAAGGAUGGGUGCUGGUGGACGAGGAGUUUGAAAAAUAUGCCGAUUUCCUGGAGCGGGUGAAGAACUUGGGCGAUUCGGAGUUUAUCGUGGAUUUCCAUUUCAAGGAGAUGUUGGUGUUUCCCAACAGUGCCAAAAACUAUUGGGCACGUGCCGCGGAGUUGAAGCAGAAGUUUGUGCUGCAGAAUAAGGCCUGCAUCAUUCCAACCUAUCUGCUCAAUCCCCCGAAGAAGAGCGUGGUGCUGGACAUGUGUGCCGCACCGGGUUUGAAAACCACCCACCUGGCUAACCUGAUGAAGAACAAGGGUCGCAUUUACGCCGUCGAACGGGACCCGAAUCGGUACAAAUUGCUGUGCGACUAUGCGGCCGAUUUCGGCGUGAUCAAGGCCAUCAACGACGAUUGUAUGCUGAUCGGCGAGGAGCAAGCUCCGGGGGUGGAGUACAUUCUGCUGGAUCCCAGCUGUUCCGGCUCUGGGAUGGUCAGUCGGUUGAAGCUGAACGAAGAGUACGACAAACAAAGGUUGUACAAACUGGGGGGCCUGCAGUACAAAUUGCUCUGCCACGCGAUGAACGCCUUCCCGGCGGCCAAGCGGAUCGUCUACUCCACAUGUUCCAUUUUCCCGGAGGAAAACGAAGACAUUGUACAGGGAGCUCUCAAGCACAACGGCCACUUUAAGCUGGUAGACGCCAAGGAACGAUUGGACAAGGAGUGGCACAAUGUCGGUUCACCUGAUUAUCCCGGUAUCGGAGAGAAGUGCUUGUACGCUCGGUCGGAAAGUGACCUUACCAUUGGGAUGUUUGUGGCCGUCUUUGAACGGUGCGAAGAGGAAGAGUACAACGAGGUGUACUUGGCUCAAAAACAGAAGGAAAGCUACGAAAAGCUCUCUAAGAUGGGACACGGGGGAGAUUUUGGUCGUGGAAAACAGGACAAGGGCAAAAAGAGGAAGCAGUCUCAGUCGAACAAUGAUCAGGAACCGCAAGAACAACCAGAGGUUGUGAACAAUGCUACUUCGGAGGUUGUCGACAACGUUGCUUCGGAGGUAGCUACAGAGGCUAUCACGGCUAACUCCGAAGAUCCACCGAAGAAGAAAAAGAAGAAGUCAAAAGAUAAGCCAGCUGCCAUUGAAGAAGAACUAGUGGAAGUAGUUCAACCGGAGCAGCCGUCGGAAUUAGAAAACGGUGAACAUAUCAGUAAGAAGAAAAAGAAAAACAAAUCAAAGGAAGUAGCGACAGAAGAAAUUGACGAAAUCCAACUAGAAGUCGACGACUCUGCCGAGACUAAGAAAAAGAAAAAGAAGCGAAAGCAUAAUGACGUGGAACAGGAAAUAGAUCAGCAAGCGGACGAGGUGGAGCCCAUUGUGGAGGAAGUUUCCGAAAAGAAAAAGAAGAAAAAGAAAAAGAAGGAGCAGGAAUGUGUAGAUGAAUAAACAGAACCAUCUGAGCUAUUUUAUAAGAAGAAUAAAUUUAACGCAUACACUACCCGUCAUAAGUACGGACUCGCAAAAAGUAUUGCAACAAUAUUGCAUCACCCUGACUCACCUCGAUAUCUCCAAAACCCGAGGACUUUCAAAGAUGCUGUCUUCAGGAAAGUUAUUCAGAAGACCAAAAGCAACAACUUUUCCGAAGGCGGCAUUAAUGUAGGUGUUCUGGUUUUAUAGAUAUCGAGGUGAGUCAGGGUGAUGCAAUAUUGUUGCAAUACUUUUUGUGAGUCCGUACUUAUGACGGGUAGUGUACUUUUUAUAGUACAA